AUGGGGGCAUCUUUUGGGAAAGUUUUAAAUUACUUAUACAUAGUUGACCAUGGUGAAGCAACAACAGAUUCUAAUUUGAAGAAAGCUAAAAUUACGUGCAUGUUAUCGUCAACUCAAAAGCCUGCGAAACCUAACCCUCAUUGGAAACACCUGGAGCUUCAAAAACCAGGUGAAGAGUUACGUAUAAGCAACCUUAAGGCUGGUGCAAAGUUCAUUCACGAAUCCAGGUGUAGUCGGGAAAAUAUCGCUGUGAUAAUGGAACCUAACAAUCAUGAAUCUGCAGCUUUUAUUGUUGCAUAUUUCUCUAUUUUAAGUGGAUUACCUGUAAAAUUAACUCGAAAAGCUGUUAUGAAAUGUAGAGAAAAAUUAGAUAUUACUAAUGAAUAUGAUCCUCUAAUUGAAUCAAUGCAAAAAUCAACCACAGCAAAAGAAUUACGUAAUGAUUUAUUCAAAGGUACAUCUGGUUAUACAGAAGAUAGAUUAAUUGAAGAUUUACGAAAAAUUUAUCAAUUAGCUGAAUUAGAUCCACCAACAUCAUCAGAAAUUUAUUUGGAAACAAGACGUGAUAGUAUAAAAUUAGGAUCAACUACACAAAAUUCAUCUAAUCAAAUUUUCAAACGUUUAUCAAUUGAUAAAAGUAAACAAGAAUCAACUAACGAAACAAAUGUUAGUUCAUCUAGUCUACGUGAUAAAACACCAGAACUAGUUGUACAUGAAUAUGAUGAUAACAUUAAACAAGAUCAACUGAUGAAUACUUCAAUAAAUUCUUCAACGACUAUACCUCAUCAUAAUCAUCAUUCAUCUGAUCAUAGUAAUUCUGUAUUAAAUGAUAUUAAACAUGAUCUACAUCAAAUUGACCAAGUCAAUAAUAAUACAAUUCAAAAUGGUACUACUAAUCAAACAACUUCAUAUAAUCAUGAUAAAGAGAUUAGAACAAAAUCACCAGAUCAAUUAUAUAAUACUGAUAUGAAUACUACAAUGAAUUCUCAAUCUUUCACUAAUAAUCAUGAAAUCAAUCAUUAUAAUAGUAUGAAUAAAUUAAAAACUACUAAAGUAACAAUUAGUUAUGCUCUAUCUCAUGAAUCAACAGAAGCUGAUGCUGUUGAAGAAUAUUUAAAAAGUACUAGUGCAGAUGAACGUGAUAGAUUACGAAAACGAGUAAUAAUUACACAUGCUUAUUCAAAAGUUGACGAUUAUACUGAUCAUAUAUAG